CAACUCAAAAGCGUCGUUGGUUGUCUCUACUCGUAGUCGUCUCGUCGGAAAUAUAGCAGGAACAGUUCUUUGCAUCUUCGGCACAGAUUCAUUCUGCGUAAAGAAGAUUUAUCUGCACGUUCGGAUAUUCUGUCAAACAUUGGCAUACCAAAAGCUAGUUGUGGUUUACUGAAACAUUGUUUUUGUUUAGGCUACGUUUUGGUAGAUUUAUUUUGCAUCAAGUUGGGCGCACUGAGACUGCAGUCAUGUCGAUGAGGAUUCUUCUAGGUUAUUUUCGGUCUGGCGUUGCUGUUUCCAAGAAAGCCAAGGGUCUAUCGAGACGGACAAACAUAUUUGUCUCUGGACAGCAGAGCUGCGCCAUCCAUGUGGACCACCCUCCCGUGGAGCCGACCCUGACCACCAGCUAUGCCCACGGGACGUCCACCCGCUCCUUGAUGUCCAGCACCGUUGGUGAGGCCCUACAGGCCGCCGUGGAGAGGUACCCAGAGCGCGAGGCCAUGGUCUUCAUGCAGGACGGCAUCCGGAAGACCUUCGCCCAGUUCCAACAGGACGUGGACCAGGCUGCGGCAGGUCUUUUGGCACUCGGGAUGAAGAGAGGUGACAGACUUGGCAUGUGGGGUCCCAACACGUACGAGUGGAUCCUCAUGCAAUUCGCUACAGCCAAAGCUGGCAUCAUCCUGGUGGCGGUCAACCCAGCCUAUCAGCUGCAGGAGGUGGAGUUUGCACUCAGGAAGGUGGGGGUUAGUGCUGUCGUAUGCCCCUUCCAGUUCAAGACGCAGCGGUACUACGACAUGCUAAAGCAGCUCUGCCCCAACAUGGACACAGCCGGCCCUGGUGGCAUCAAGAGCAGCAGGCUGCCGGAGCUGAGAUGGGUGAUCUUGACGGACUGCGAGCAGCCAGGUACACUCCACCUGAGCCAGGUGUUUGAGGCGGCAAGUAGCCAGUACGUGCAGCAGUUGGAUGAGCUGCAGAAGAAGCUAAACUGCGAUGACCCCAUCAACAUUCAGUUCACCUCGGGUACCACGGGAGCACCGAAAGGGGCCACUCUGUCCCAUCACAACAUCGUCAACAAUUCGUACUUCAUAGGCGUUCGAGUGGGCUAUCAUUGGAGGCCCCACGUAAAGAUUUGUCUCCCCGUCCCUCUCUACCACUGUUUUGGUUCGGUGGGGGGGGGCCUCGUCAUGGCCGUGCAUGGAGCAACUCUGGUGUUCCCGUCGCCCGGCUACGACAGCCGUGCCAACCUGGCAGCCAUACAGGCCGAAAGGUGUACCUUCUUGUACGGCACUCCUACCAUGUUCAUCGACAUGUUGGGCCGGCCUGACCUGUCCACAUAUGACCUGUCGUCUGCUGAGGGAGCAAUAAUGGCUGGUUCCCCAUGUCCAGCAGAAGUGGUGUGUAAGGUGAUCAAAAUGAUGGACAUCAAAGAGCUAUCGAUCGCCUAUGGCACCACGGAGAACAGUCCGGUGACCUUUGUAGGUUUCUCUGUGGACAGCAUGGAGAGGAGGACGGAGACUGUGGGCUGCAUUGCCCCCCACACUGAGGCCAAGGUAGUGGACCCGACCACCAGGAAAGUGGUGCCGCUGGGGAGCCAGGGAGAGCUGAUGAUCCGGGGCUACUGUGUCAUGCUCGAGUACUGGGCAGAUCCGGACAAGACCGCCGAGUGCAUCGGUAAAGACCGCUGGUACAAGACAGGCGACAUUGCCUGUAUGGAUGCAUAUGGCUACUGCAAAAUCGAAGGGCGCAUCAAGGACAUGGUCAUCCGUGGAGGAGAGAACAUCUACCCUGCCGAGAUCGAACAGUUUCUGCACACACAUCCCAAAGUUCAGGAGGCCCAGGUGAUUGGCGUGACAGAUGAGCGAAUGGGAGAGGAGGUGUGUGCCUGCAUCAGACUGAAGGCGGGCCAGGAAUGCACCGCAGAGGAAAUCAAAGCCUACUGCAAAGGAAAGAUUUCACAUUUCAAGAUUCCACGCUAUGUGCUUUUUGUUGAGGGCUACCCUCUCACGGUCACAGGAAAGAUUCAGAAGGUCAAACUGCGAGAGUUGACAGAGAAGCAACUGGGACUUUAGUGUUGUCGGAAAGGAAAAUCCAUCAUGGGACACAACGCGGGAAAACAACAGACACUUGUGUCUAAAUACUGUACUUCUUGAAUUUCCCCUAGGGAUCAAUAAAGUAUAUCUAUCUACUGGGCAAAACUAUCCACACACCAUUCUGAAUAAGCUGGUGCUGACCAAGCAAAAACAAACACUAAACUCUCACUAAACAGACAAAAUUAUUAGACAUACCCGCAGUCAGUCCUGUAGAGCUGACCCUGAACAUUUCAGAGUGAAUGGUUGGAGUACAAAUCUGUGAACACAACAGGACACAACAACACUGCAGUUGUUUGUAAGGCUGAGAGGAAUUUGGGAAAGAAGAAAGUAAUUUUGUUGAGGAAGGUCAUUCCUAAUUUAAAAUGUGUCAUUUCUUAUGGGCAAGAGCACUUUUCUAUAGUCACAGAUUACAUUGGACUGCAUUUUAGUUUCUGAUAUGCUAUAGGCUCAAGUUUAAAGUAAUUUUAGUGGUCAACCCUCAGGUAUUUGCACUCCUUAAAAUGUGUUGUAUUUCAUUGAACUUGGAUGUGAUGUGUAAAUCAACAGCACUGUGCCUUAAUGAAUUUAAAUUCCUUCCAAAGUUUCUUACCUCUCAAUACAACAUAAUGCCAAACCUGUAAGCCAUUAUCUGUGUGUUUCUAUAUAUAAGAUAAUGCUAAGCUAUUUUCACUCUGUGUUUUUAUUUUACUCAUUUUUCAGAUGUCAUUAAACAUGAAUUGUGUUUUUAAUGGAA